AGUCAUCUAUUCUGCGGUUCAGGGUUCAGUCCACUGUCUGUCGGGCGUCGCGAGACACCACGCGUCUCGUCGGCGAGUGGAUGACCAAAAUGAGUUUAUGUGAUUUAAAGUGACUUUCAUUAUAAGAAAAGUUUUCUAUUACUUACAAGUUUACCUACUAUUAUAUUUAUACUAAAUAAGCUGUAAGUAUAUCUUUAAGUACAUCGGAGUUAAGAGGAAAAUGUGGACUAAUAGAUAAUUUAGUGAAAGAAAUAUUUUAAUUGAGUGGUAUUAUAAUAUCUAUUUACUGACUUUUACGAGCCGGCAUCGUUCUUCAUUUGAAACCGUGAGCAUGCCGGAUCCAGUGCUGUCAGUGUUCGGGCUAUGGGACUACGUUAUCAUGGCAGCGACCAUGGUGGCGUCAGUCGCCAUCGGCCUCUACUUCCGGUUCACGGGCGGCAAGCAGGCGACUAACGAGGAAUAUCUUCUGGCAGACCGAAACAUGUCAAUAUUGCCGGUAGCAGUAUCCUUGAUGGCUUCCUUCAUAUCAGCUAUAACACUCCUCGGGGUAUCUUCGGAGAACUAUUACUACGGAAUGCAUUUCAUUGUCAUCAACUUUGCGUACGGCAUCGCAACUCCGAUUGCAACUCAUCUAUACCUGCCAGUAUUCUUCGGACUCUUGAAGACCAGUACAUAUGAGUACUUGGAGCUCAGAUUCGGGCCUCAUAUAAGGCUUCUCGCGUCUCUCACAUACACGUUACAAAUGGUGCUUUAUAAUGGGAUAGUAUUAUACGCACCGGCCAUUGUCUUGGAAUCUGUGACGGGAUUGGACAGGCUAGUGUCAAUACUGGUGGUGGGAUUGGCAUGCACUUUCUACUCGACGCUAGGAGGCAUGAAGGCAGUGCUGUUCACGGAUAUCUUGCAGUCGUUGCUGAUGUUCGUCGCUGUAUUUAGCGUAGUUGUUUUCGCCGCUAUUGAAGUCGGAGGCUUUGGUCAGAUAUUCGUAUUGGCUAAAGAAGGUGGACGCUUGGACUUUACCAAUUUCAGCGUAGAUCCAACAGAGAGACACACAUGGUGGUCCCUGAUGAUCGGUGGAGUUUUCAUGUAUUUGUCUCUAUAUGGAGUUAACCACACCCAGGUACAAAGGUUAUUGACAGUUAGUACGCUGAAGCGAUCUCAACACUGUCUGUGGUGGUCGUGGCCAGUCACUUUGGCCCUGAGUACGUGUACCUGUUUAUCCGGUCUUGGCAUCUACGCCGUGUACAGAACAUGCGAUCCACUCACCACUGGCAAAAUUGCUGCAAUGGAUCAGUUGAUGCCUUACUACGUGGUGCAGCAGAUGAAGGGCGCACCGGGGCUGGCAGGGUGGUUCGUCGCUGGUAUAUUCAGUGCUUCACUCUCCACUAUAUCAGCAGCUUGCAAUUCCCUCGCUGCCGUCACUUUGCACGAUUAUGUUAGCAAGUGGUGCAUAGUCCGUGCAUCGUACCUACCGUGGCUGACAAAGAUGAUGGCAUGCGUGUACGGGCUGUUGUUCCUCGCGCUGGCAUUCCAAGCGGAACAUCUGGGCGGCGUGCUGCAGGCCGCGCUCACUAUAUUUGGUGCUGUUGGUGGACCGCUGCUUGGAGUCUUCACGCUUGGAAUGUUUACCACAUUCGCCAACGAAGCGGGUGCCUGCUUAGGGUUAUUGAGCGGCAUGGCACUGACGUUAUGGAUGAGUUUCGGUGGCCCGCGGCCGUCACCGACCAAGCUGCCCUUGCAAGUGGACGGCUGCCCUUUCAACACGACUCUACCAGACAUUGCGCCAAUGGAUACUAAUGAUUACUUCUACCUGUACAAGAUCUCGUAUUUGUGGACCAGUCCUGUGGGGUUUCUGUGGGUAAUGGUGGCUGGUUCACUGGUAUCUCUGGUGUGGCGACAGCAGCAGCCGUGGCAGCGCGCAGGCCACAUACACCCCGACCCCACGCUCUUCACCCCGCCGCUCGCCAACAUACUGCGCAGACGCGCAGACACCACGAGAAAUCCGCCAUCCAGGAAUGUGGCCAAAAAUAGAGAAGCAAUAAAAAGAAUCGUUUGAGUUCUUGUUUUGAUUCACAUUAAGUAUACGAAAGAGAGAAGGUUAAUGACGAUACGACAGCUAUAGCAAAAGCUAUUAUUUAAUAGGUGAUAC